ACACCCCGUGUGACACCCCGUGUGUCUCUCCCUGUCUCCGUGUGUCUCCGUGUGACUCCGCGUGUCUCCAGCGAGUGAGGACGUGGUGAUGGAGCUCCCAGUCUGCACGUUCCAGCUGCCUGACAUGUCCCUGUCUUCAUGUCUCUGUGUUACUCUCCGUGUCUCCGUGUCUCCGUGUGUCUCCGUGUGUCUCCGCGUGUCUCCGCGUGUCUCCAGCGAGUGAGGACGUGGUGAUGGAGCUCCCAGUCUGCACGUUCCAGCUGCCCGACAUGGCCCUGUCUCCGUGUGUCUCCGUGUGUCUCCGUGUGUCUCCGUGUCUCUCCGUGUGUCUCCAGCGAGUGAGGACGUGGUGAUGGAGCUCCCAGUCUGCACGUUCCAGCUGCCCGACAUGGCCGUGUACAGCGAGGACUUCCGCUCCUUCCUGGAGAGAGACCUCAUCGAGAUGGCCACACUGCUCGCUCUUGAGAACUCUGGCCGGCUCAACUGGUGGACCAAGGUGGGAGUGAAUCUCCAGCGGUUGCUACCGUUAGCCACCACUGGUGAUGGGAACUGUCUACUGCACGCAGCGUCUCUCGGGAUGUGGGGCUUCCACGACCGUAACCUGGCCCUGAGGAAGGCUUUGCACGGCCUGGUGCACGGCACGGCACCGCCAGACUCCGGCGACAACCACAACCACCACCAGCAGCACCACAACCACAACCAGCACCAGCAGCACCACCACCAGCAGCAGCAGCAGCGUGAAGCUGGCGACUGGCAGCGCUGGCGAGUGAGGGCGCUCAAGUCCCGCUGGAGGUGGCAGCAGGCGAUGCAGAACGAGGAGGUGGGACUAGCGGCAGCGGUGUCAUCAUCAUCAGUAGUAGUAGCG